GCAGACGGAACUUCAGCUGCUGCCUUGGUCCUCAGCUUCAGUACCGCCACUACCCCCCGCCAGAGCCCACCGGCCAACAUGUCCUCUGCUCACUUCAACCGAGGCCCUGCCUACGGGCUGUCAGCCGAGGUUAAGAACAAGGGGGAAGAUUUGUUGAUUCUUCCAUAUCCCCCAGCCUCACAAAUUGGGGAACGCUUCAGAACUGGGGUUCCUGGGAGGUGACGCCGGGAAAGUGUGGGAGAUCCUGAAGGCAGAGGGGCACGGUGGAGGGCAGGAAGCCGGCCUCAGAAGUGCGGCAGGGGUCUCCUAACUGUGGAGCUAGGAAGAUACCUGGACGCCACCUUCAUGCUAUGGAUGGGUAAACAGGUUCGGAGAGGAGAGGCAAAUAGCUGGGAUCCCAGGGAAAGCAGCUGGCCCAGAAGUACGACCACCAGCGGGAGCAGGAGCUGAGAGAGUGGAUCGAGGGGGUGACAGGCCGUCGCAUCGGCAACAACUUCAUGGACGGCCUCAAAGACGGCAUCAUUCUUUGCGAAUUCAUCAAUAAGCUGCAGCCAGGCUCUGUGAAGAAGAUCAAUGAGUCAAGCCAAAAUUGGCACCAGCUGGAGAACAUCGGCAACUUCAUCAAGGCCAUCACCAAGUAUGGGGUGAAGCCCCAUGACAUCUUUGAGGCCAACGACCUGUUUGAGAACACCAACCAUACACAGGUGCAGUCCACCCUUCUGGCCUUGGCCAGCAUGGCCAAGACGAAAGGAAACAAGGUGAAUGUGGGUGUGAAGUACGCAGAGAAGCAGGAGCGGAAAUUCGAGCCGGAGAAGCUAAGAGAAGGGCGGAACAUCAUCGGGUUGCAGAUGGGCACCAACAAGUUUGCCAGCCAGCAGGGCAUGACGGCCUACGGCACCCGGCGCCACCUCUACGACCCCAAGCUGGGCACGGACCAGCCUCUGGACCAGGCGACCAUCAGCCUGCAGAUGGGCACCAACAAAGGAGCCAGCCAGGCUGGCAUGACCGCGCCAGGGACCAAGCGGCAGAUCUUCGAGCCAGGGCUGGGCAUGGAGCACUGCGACACGCUCAAUGUCAGCCUGCAGAUGGGCAGCAACAAGGGCGCCUCGCAGCGGGGCAUGACGGUGUAUGGGCUGCCACGCCAGGUCUACGACCCCAAGUACUGUCUGACGCCCGAGUACCCGGAGCUGGGUGAGCCCGCCCACAACCACCACGCACAUAACUACUACAAUUCUGCCUAGGGCCACGAGGCCUUCCCUGUUUCCCCCCAAGGGAGGCUGCUGCUGCUCUUGGCUGGAUCCAGCCAGAUCCAGCCGAACCCCUCUCCCUGCAUGGCAUCCUCCAGCCCCUGUAGAACUCAACCUCGACAGGGUUAGAGUUUGGAGAGAGCAGACUGGGAGACUGGGGGGCCCACUGCGGGGAAGGGGACCCUCCGCUCUCUAGUGCUACAGGGUCCAACAUAGAGCCGGGUGUCCCCAACAGCGCCCAAAGGACGCACUGAGCAAAGCUAUUCCAGCUGUCCCCCCACUCCCUCACAAGUGGGUACUCCCAGGACCAGAAGCUCUCCCAGCAAAGCCCCCAGAGCCCAGGCUCGGCCUGCCCCCACCCAUCCCCGUAGUGGGAGCAAACUGCAUGCCCAGAGACCCAGCGGACACACGCGGUUUGGUUUGCAGCGACUGGCGUACUAUGUGGAUGUGACAGCAGCGUUUGUAACGCGAGCACUUUCUUUUUUUUUUUCUAUUUCACUGGAGCACAAUAAAUGGCUGUAAAAUCUC